AUGACUGAAUCAUUAUUUGACACCAAUUUCACUUCUGAAAAUGAAUCAAAGCAACAAGCUAUUCAACAACAACAACAACAACAAGAAUCACAACAACAACAACAACCAUCAGAAAAGACCGAGGAAUCUCCAAUAAAUCCUGAAGAAUCAUCAUCCACUGAUAACAAUGAUCAUGAAGAAUCAGAAAAAGAUGCUGCUGGCGCAUCUUCUUCAUCUGCUGCCGAUCAAUCUGUCAAUUUACCUUCAUUACAUGAUAAAUCAAAUGUUGAUGCUUUAAUAAAUUUUAGAGUUUUAGUAUCUGCCAAAGAAGCCGGUUGUUUAAUUGGCCAAAAUGGACAAGUGAUUGAUUCAAUUCGUGGGGAAACUAAUACAAAAGCUGGUAUUUCACGAUUACAACCAGGAUCUCAUGAACGUAUUUUAACCGUUUCUGGGAAAUUAGAUAAUUGUGCUAAAGCUUUAAGUUAUUUUGCUCAAGCUUUAUGUAAUUCAACUAUUGAAACAUAUAAUUUCUUCCCUUUGAAACAAUUAUCAGCCACUCCUUGUGUUGAAAAUGAAACUACUAUUUUAAGAUUAUUGAUUCCUAAUACUCAAAUGGGGACAUUAAUUGGUGCAAAGGGAGUUAGAAUUCAACAAAUUCAAUCAAAAUUUAAUAUUUCUAUGAUUGCUUCUAAGAGUUUCUUACCUGGAUCUAAUGAAAGAUUGGUUGAAUUACAAGGUACUGUUGAUGAUUUAUAUGAUGCUUUAAGAAUAAUUUCAAGAUGUUUAAUUGAAGAUUUCUCGUCGAUUGUAAAUACUAAUUAUUAUGUUCCAAGAGGUCAUUCUUAUAAUAAUGGAGGUUCAACUAAUGGUGGAAGUGGUAGAAGAAGAUCUUCAGGUGGUGCAGCCGGUGGUGUUCCAGAACGUACUGGUAGUGGUUCAACCACUACCACCACAAUCUCAUUCCCAAAUGAUAUUGUUGGUGCUUUGAUUGGUAAGAAUGGAUCAAGAAUUCAAGGAGUUAGAAAAAUAAGUGGAGCAUCAAUUGGAAUUUCUGAAGAAGUUGAAGGGAAAUCAGAACGUGUUUUCACAAUUACUGGAACUGCUCAUGCAGUUGAAAAGGCAAAAGGAUUAUUAUAUCAUAAUUUAGAAAGAGAAGAACAAAGAAGAGCUGAAGCUGAGAAAGCACUUGAUUAA